AUGGAGGUGGAGGUUGAUAAGCUGGAACUGAUGUUCCAGAAAGCUGACUCUGAUCUGGAUUACAUUCAGUAUAGGCUGGAAUAUGAAAUCAAGAAUAAUCAUCCUGAUUCACCAGGCAAGAAAAAUCCGAUUACCCUUGUAAAGGAAUUGUCAGCAAUAAAGUCUCGAUAUCAAACUUUGUAUGCAUGUUUUAAACCAGUUGCUGUUGAGCAGAAAGAAACUAAGAGCAGCAUUUGUGCUACUUUGAAUAAGACCAUGACCAUGAUACAAGAACUACAAAAGCAGACAGACCUGGAGUUGUCACCAUUGACUGAAGAAGAGAAAACUAUGACAGAACAAUUAAAAUCUUACAUGCCAGAUUUAUGA